AAUCCAGAGACUUCCAUUGCAGUCUAGGCACCACCCAUUUUAAAAACUUACCUCUACCUAUAAAGAGCUUUGGUCCUUUUUUGCCUAAUGAGCUCAUUUGGGCUAAAAGCCAACCUCGUAGAGACAGCGGUCCCAUUUUAUGGCUAAGGAAACAGGUUCCAUGAGAUACAGCAGCUUGCCCCAAAUUUAGCCAGUGAGCAAGAGGGUAGACUUCAAAUCCAAGACUUCUGCCUCUGCCAAUGCUAAGACAGUACUCUGUAGCAAUGUGUGGUUAUUUACAUUUAAAUUACUCAAACCAAAUAAGGUUUAAGAUUUACUCACGUGGUCCCAUCAACAACAUUACAAGUGCUCAAAAGCUACCAGUGACUGAUGCCUAUCAUGUCAGAUGGUACAUAUGUAGAACAUUUCCAUGAUCACAGAAAGCUCUUGUUUGGACAGUGCUGGACUUGGAGAAACCUCAAACAGGAAUGCUUAUAUUUGAGUCCCAACUCUUAAAUAUGUUUUAUUGAUUUUAUUAGGAAAUGAGAGUGUUAGAAGCAUCCACAAGAGAGAAACAUCAAUCAGCUGCAUCCUGCACGCCCCUCCCCCCCACAGGGGAUGGAGCCUGUAACAUGGACAUGUGCCCUGACUGGAAACCGAACUUGGGGCCUCUUGGUUCCUGGCAUGGCGCUCAACCGCUGAGCUAUACCAGCCUGGCAUGAGUCCCAACUCUUGCUGAAUUUGAGUAAAUUAUAAAGUAGAGAUAAUUAAUGUAAACCAUCUCACAUAGUACCUGCUAUACCAGUACUAAAAAAACAAUAGCUGAUCUUUCCACCAGCCCACUAUGCAAGCUGAUAAAGCAGGUAACUUCCAUCAUGCUAGGCAUGGGCGAUGACAUCCCUGCCUUGGAGAGAUUUGGGGGACUAGUAAAAGCCAGGUGUGUGAAUACAUGUGCAGAAGUGUUUCAUAUUCACUAGUGUAAGUCUUGGGGCCCACAGGGCAUAUAUUUAUGGAGAAAGAUAUCAGGAAGAGUGUCAAGGGUAGACCUUUGAGCUGAGCUUUCAAAAGCGUUCUAGAUGGCCAACAGUUCUCUUGAAGUAGAGGACAAGGUGAUGAUAAAGGGAGGAAGGGCUGAGGCUGGGGGCAACUUGGAGAGCUAUCAUCCCCUUUAUGACUUACCUCUGUGACCUCUUCCUCCCGCCUUGCAGAAUGAGGUGUGCCCUUCUCUGGGGCACAAGGCUGUGUUCUAGCUUUGCAGUGAAUGUUAAAGGUGCUCACAGUGAAGAUACCCACUAUAGGUAUGGCAGCUGCUUACCCAGCACUUACAGGACGGCAUUGCCUGGGUGAGCCAGCCAGAACUCUCACCAUGGAUCCAUCUCCUCUGAUCUGGAACCCCUAAAACCAAAUUUGCUCCCUGAUGAGAACAGAUGGGGUGAUUUCCACUAAGCUGGCCCUGUCCUGGGGACAUGUCUUUUGGGAAGCCCAGUCACCAGACAAUGGGGGGUUGGGAAGAGUGAUCUGAGUGGUUGGGGUUGGCUGGACAUGUAGGUGGAGGACCCACCUUCACUGAAUGGGCAGAUGUAGCCAGAGACAACACAAAGCUGGCUUUUUGGACCUAGGUACUCUUCCCUGUGGUUUACUUAAAUGGGCACUGCUAGUUUGCCUCUCAAAUUACCCAUAUUUCCAUGACCAGUAGACAACCCUUUGAGUAAUAACAUGGGCUCAUGUUAAUAGUGUUUAUGUUUAAACAUGGGGCCUUGGAGUCAGAUCUGGGUUCCAGUGCUGGCUCUGUGUGAUGAGGCAAAUUAUAUAACAUCUUGGAGUCUUAUUUAUCUCACCUGUGGUCUGAAGAUACUACUUUGUCACCACCUCCAAAAAGGUUGCUUAGUCUUGUCUUGAGAGCUGUGCAUAAAUUCAGUUACAUUUUUUCCUGUAGUUGACAAUGAUGAUUUGUUUUUGUAUCUCCAUGUUAUGGGCCCAGUGGGGGGGGGGGGGGUGUUCUAUACUUGAUCAUUGUUUCCUGCAUUUAGGUCUUUUACAUCUGUCCCCAAGGACCUGCUCCUAGCCCCAUCUGUCAGGCCCUGCAGAUGCAAUCCCACCUCACCAGGCUCCAGCCACAUUGGCUGCCUUUUAGUUCCCCAGAAAGGUUCUUACCCUCCUCAGGGCUGUUGCUGAGACUUGCCUCUCCCUGGAAUGCUCUUUCUCCCCUCUUCCCUGGCCAACUCCUGACCUUUGCAUUCUGUAAAGCUUUGGCUUCAGUGUCAACUCUUCAGAGAACACCCUUGACUGCCUUACCCAAACUAUGCCACUUCCCUGACUUUAGCUCAUUGCCCUUACCAUACUUAGAGCUGUUCUAUACCUUUGUUGCUUACUUUUUGUUUCCUCUCCACUGGGUUCUAUAAACUUCAUAAGGUCAGGGAUCGCCUAGCCCACUGCCUAGCACGUGGUCCUCUAUAAAUACUGUGGUAUGACUGAAGCCCCAGGAAGUGCUCAGUGAGAAACCUUGGCACGGAUAGCAAUUGGCAACCCGGUGCUGCGCGCUUCCGCCAUCAGUGCUUUGGCUCAUCACGAGCGCUGGGCAGGUGAAACUCAAGAGUUCACCUGCUGGAACCAGCCCACCGCGGCCCGAUUGUGGCAAUCAAUGGUUUCCAAGGCGACAAUAAACAGGGCGGAGCCUCGGAAUGUGGGGCUGCGGGAGGGCGCGGGAGCGCGGUGAGGCGCAUGCAGGGUCCGCGGGCGGCACUGGUCCGGAGCGCCGGGGAGCUGAGCGUCCGACGCCCGUGCUCCACCGCCUGGUGCCGCCUGGAGGGCGGCUGGGUCUGCAAAUGGCCGCCGCAGCCGCCCGAACCGCGCCCUAGUUACCCCGUCCCGUGGUCCUGGGCACGCCUCCCGGAGUUUCUGCCUCCAAAGAAGCAGCCAUGGCCCAGACCCGCCUCCGCCCGGUCCAGCCGGGCUCGCGCUGGGGGCAAAAGCCUGGCUGGCAGCCGCGCCAUCCAGUCGCUCGCCCGCGGCCCUCCCGCCCAGGACGCCGCAGCUCUGCGCCCCCUCGGGCCCCCGCACACCCCGGCCCUUGAUGCCCCGCUGCAGGACGGUUCCCUGGUCCUCUGGCAGGGAGUGUCCAAGGAGUCUCCGCACAUGGGCCGGCUCAGAAAUGCCAAGAUCCAUGUGGAGAGAGCUGUCAAGCAGAAGAAGAUCUUUAUGAUCCAAGGCCACUACCCGGUGAUCCGGUGCCUCCUGCGCCGCAGGGGCUGGGUGGAGAAGAAGAUGGUCCAUUCAUCAGGCACCAACCUACUGUCAUCCCAGAAGCGUCUGACUAGCUCAGUAACGGGUGAUGGCGACAUCACUGAGGAUGAUGAUCAAGAUGAGGACGAGGAGUUCCAGCAACCACAACCCUUCAGCGAUGAUGCACCGGAAUUGGAUGACCUAGAUGGUACACAUGCUGUGAUGUCCCGCAUGGUUCGGAAUGAGAUCCCCUACUUCAUCUGGACCACUCGGCGGGAUGUGCUGGACUGCCGCUUCCUCUCCAAGGAUCAGAUGAUAAACCACUAUGCCCGGGCUGGCUCCUUUACCACAAAGGUGGGUCUAUGUCUCAAUCUCCGGAAUUUGCCAUGGUUUGACAAGGCUGAUGCUGACUCCUUCUUCCCACGCUGCUACCACCUGGGGGCUGUGGAAGACAAAAAGGCCUUCAUAGAGGACUUCUGGUUGACAGCUGCCCGCAACGUUCUCAAGCUGGUGGUAAAGUCCGAAUGGAAGUCAUGCUCUAUCCACGCAAAAGAGGAAGAGGCCCCAGGUGCAGAGAAGACUGUUGUAUGCCAGGAUCAGGGGUACAAAGGACCACAGUGUGUCAGAGGUCCCACAAGCAGAGACUGCAUGUCAGAUGAGCAGCACAAGAAACAGGAGAAAAAACCAAUGACGGUGACCCCAGAGUUUGUGGACGAGGCUCUGUGCACCUGCGAGGAGCACCUGAACAACCUGGCCCACCUGGACAUUGACCGGGACCCGGAGGCCCCGCUGUCCCUCAGCCCUGAGAGCCGGUCCCUCUUCCUACGGCGCUACUACCAGGUGGUCCACGAGGGGGCCGAGCUCAGGCACCUGAGCGCUCAGAUCCAGCGCUGUGAGGACAUCCUGCAGCGGCUGCGGGCCUUGGUGCCCCAGAUGGACAUGGAAGGAGAUCGCAACGUCUGGAUCGUGAAGCCAGGAGCCAAGUCCCGCGGCCGAGGCAUCAUGUGCAUGGACCACCUGGAGGAGAUUCUGAAACUGGUGGAUGGCAACCCCAUGAUGGUGAAGGAUGGCAAGUGGGUUGUGCAGAAGUAUAUCGAGCGGCCCCUGCUCAUCUUUGGCACCAAGUUUGACCUGAGACAGUGGUUCCUGGUGACCGACUGGAAUCCACUUACCGUGUGGUUCUACCACGACAGCUACAUCCGCUUUUCCACGCAGCCCUUCUCCCUGAAGAACCUGGACAACUCCGUGCACCUGUGCAACAACUCCAUCCAGAAGCACCUGGAGAACUCGUGCCAUCGGCACCCGAUGCUGCCCUCAAACAACAUGUGGCCGAGCCAGAAGUUCCAGGCCUACCUGCAGGACGUGGGGGCCCCCCACGCCUGGUCCAGCGUCAUCGUGCCUGGCAUGAAGGCCGCGGUGAUCCAUGCCCUGCAGACCUCCCAGGACACGGUGCAGUGUCGGAAGGCCAGCUUUGAGCUUUACGGCGCUGACUUUGUGUUUGGCGAAAACUUCCAACCCUGGUUGAUCGAGAUCAAUGCCAGCCCCACCAUGGCGCCCUCCACGUCCGUCACCGCCCAGCUCUGUGCCGGCGUGCAAGCCGACACCCUGCGUGUGGUCAUUGACCGGCGGCUGGACCGGAGCUGUGACACGGGAGCCUUUGAGCUCAUCUACAAGCAGCCCGCCGUGGAGGUGCCCCAGUAUAUUGGUAUCCGGCUCCUCGUGGAGGGCUCCACCAUCAAGAAGCCCACGGCGAUGUGUCACCGGCGGACAGGGGUCCACACGGCGCUCCCUCACCUGACCCGGCGCGGCUCUGGGGAAGGCAAGGACUCGGGGACCCUUAGCCACAUGUCCGUCCCUAGGAAAGUUCCUGGGGCCAGGAGCCUGGGGCCCGUCGAGAAACCCGACUCCACGGCCACCGCAGCCGCUGCUGGGAAGGGGAAGAAGGCCCCUUACCUCUUCCCCAGCCUCCACAACAUGGUGCGGCUGCCUUCUCUCCAUGUGCUCCAACCCCAGGGGCGGGUCCUGAGACUGCAGCACAGCAAGCUGAUGGGCUCUAAGGCCCUGCUGACCGCGGGCAAGUCCUUGAUGAUUCUACCUACAGCCAAGAUUUUUAUUUCCCUCUCAUCACCUGAGCUCAAGCAGGCACCCGCCAUCCUGAAACCAAGAAAGCGCAUUCACGGUCCUUAUCCUGGAGGUGCCUUGCGGCCUCAACCCUUUGAAGUUGGAAAUCUCCCUAGCACACACGGGAGUAUCAAGGCCAAAGGCGACUUCAAGGUCACACUCUGUGACAGAUCCAAGACGGAAGCAUACCCCAUGAAGGUGCUGAACCUUCCGGGUACCCUGCCUCUAAUCAGCGCACAUCAGAGGGUGGGGGGUAUGGGGGAUGUGAAGCUAAAGAAGCCCUUGCUUCAGGCCUCACGGUCCCUAAGCCGGAUGCAGCGCCAAAUAAAAAGGAACAAGUAAAGUA